AUGACAUACUCCGUGUCAACCUCAGAAGGGGCUUUGGACAUCACUGCUGUCCACGAAAAAUCAUACCUUACUGAAUCGGGUCCGUUUUCAAUUCAUGCGCUUUGGUGUGCCUUAAAAUCUCGCCUUCGGUUGAGUUCAACUCAGCAGAUUCAAUGUGAGACCUCACACUCCACGAUUCCCCUGAGUUCCCUGACAUCAGCGAAAUUAGCCAAUUUGCGUGAAGGCUUCAUACAUGACCUCCUUCUGGCUCACGUGGGCAUCGUCUCCCAUCGAUUUUCUUGGUAUCAAGAAAGUGAAAAACCUCUUCUUUCGGGGUUCUUUGUCUGGAAUGGAAACCCCUUGGACGCAGUGGCCUUUCAUGUAACGCAAGGCGCGCUCUCUUCUUACCUGAAGCCUCAUUUACGUUCGGCCACCUCUUUCCGUCGGCUGGAUUGGUUGACGUCUGGGUCGUUGCUACCUGACGCCACUAAGCAUCGUGGGAACGUGUGGUUAGCGUUAUUGCACGGGAUUAGCGAAUGGCUGCGCAUCUACACAAUCACCUUAGAGAAUUUGCGCACGAGUCAGAUGGUUGCCAUAGGUCCAGAGAAAAAUGACUUGCUUGCGCUUACUCACCUCCUGAGGCCUGUAAUGACUAACAUGUUUUUAGUUGCCCGUUUGUGCGGGGUGCUGGCUGACGACACUGUUCUGCUGCCGAGGGCUCCGGCCAUCCUUUCACUCUCAGGUAUCCACCUCCUUGCUUGGCUUGCGCAUCAGGCAGCUGACACAUCUUCCGUCUGUAAUAGUAGCUACGUUGUCCGAUUUAUCUUCCAUCGCGCUUGUGCCCCAUUCUUGCGGUUUCUUUAUAUGUGGGUGCAAGACGGCACUCACGAGGAUCCAUUUCACGAAUUUGGUAUCGUUGUCAACAAUCGCUUUAUCUUUAGAAAAGACGCCAACUUUUGGCGGCAUGCAGUUAGCUACCAGGAAGACGUAAGUCAGGUUGAAGGAAGAGGAACUUUUGUGGAACCGAUGCUUCGGAAACACUCAAAUUGUAAGGUUCAACGUGCUGCCUUUCUGGGCCUUCUUCCUCAAAACUCCGAGGCUGCUGUUCUGCGAUGUGGACUUUCAUUGCACCUCCUUCGAUCCAUUGCACCAAAUCACUUCCUAUUUGACAAGGUGAACGCCUUCCCCCAGCUAGAAUUUCCUUGCCUUGACCCCGCAGCUAAUCGAUAUCGGCUUCAAAAGCACUUGAGUCUCAUUGACAAAGAAGCAGAACGUGCGAAGCAAACCUGGUAUCAAAAGGUCUUGGAAGAAGAGUCUUUAAAGUCUGCCACAAUCAGAAAAGCGCACAAAUACAAUGAAAUUCAAAGCUGUAAAGUCGAACUAGCCCCAAAGACCCGUGUAGUUGGUGUACAAAGUGAAGUGGAUGCACACGGAGAGGCUUCGACGUGUCUGGACGGAAACCAACACUGUGAUUUCCUAACCGACGCCUUUUUAACGGAAAAUGAAGUAGACGUUGCGAACUGUCGUCCAAAAUCCAGUUUUCUUGCGUCUGACUGCUUGGAAGAAGUGAAGACAAAGAAAUGGAGAAAUAACACUGAAAGAAUAAGCGAGGUAGAUGAAGGGAUUCGGGUCGCGGGCGAUGAGGUGCAACCUCAAACUCAACGCAUCCCUCUCGCACCGGUCAAUGCGAGGCUUCCUCGACAAAACCCGCAACCACCCUCCUCCACUAGAUCGUCUACUGACAACGUGGAUUUGGUUGAAAACGUUCCUGACCUGGGAGGCGCUACCAACUGCAGCAGUGAAGAAGAAUUUUUGUUGAAGUCUAAAACUCAAACGUCUGAUGACAGUCCUUCUACAGUCUCUGACCGGUUGGGACUGCUCGAACGACGGAUUAAAGAGAAGAUCAUACGUUCCAGGCAGCACGGCGGUAAAAUCCGAGUGACUGCAAGAACAAAGACAAAUUAUCUUUCGACGAAAUCGGAGCGUUCCCAGAAUUGUGGUUUCAUGGAAUCCCGUGCUGAGGAAGCCAACUUCACUAAGGGCAUCAGAUCGCCUGCUGGAGAAACGGCUUGGCAAGAACUACCUGAACAAGACCCUCUGCCCGAAGAGGAGAUCAUCGCGUUUAGUCAAGAAUUAUUUGGGCCGCCGAAAAGUAGGCCUGCCCCAUGGUUCAACUCCGCGGAUGAUUCUUUUGUUCCUAUUGGGUCAAACGCCGUGUCAAAGUAUUUGCUGGCCACUGAAGGGUCCGCCAAUAGAAAAGGCGCUCACCACAAGAGGGUCCCCACUAUCCCAUCCCUCAGUGACCUCGAUCGAGCAAUCAACGCACCACUUCAGGAGCGAAUAGCUAUUGUGGACAAGUGUUUAUUAAACCACCUGCUAAUGGAUUUGAAGCUUUUUGACCAUCUCCGUUUCGUAAAGAGCCUUUUUUGUCACGAACAUCCAGUUAUCACGGAUCGACUCCUCGGUGCCCUUUUUGCUGAAUUUUCGAAUUCUGGGAAAGGUCGAAGUAUUUUCGAAGACAAAAAGAGAUUUCAGGACUUAAUCCCUGCCACUCUCCUUAAUGUCAACUUAGAAAGUGCUGGGGCAGAGUCGACCAAUGCAUUCGAAAGUGCCUACGGACGGGUUCUGUUUUAUUUAAAACGCUUGGAAUCCGUCCAGACAGUUAGUAGUACUACUACCGGUUAUGUCGACAGUAUCUUCAACACAUUUGUGCUGGUGUACAAGGCACCCUGGCCGCUGAACAUAUGUUUGCACGAUCGAGUGUUAGCUAAAUACAACACUGUCUUCUGUUUACUCGCUCGCGUUAAAUAUGCGCUGUGGACUCUCGAAUCCGUCUUCAACUACCUCCGAGAUCAUCGUCGCGAUUUGUCGCCUUCUACCGGUGUCUAUUUCAAAGCCUCUCUUUGGCGACAUGAAAUGGAUCAAGUCAUCCGCGCACUCGAUGCAUAUUUCUCCAUAUAUGCUGUCCAAGUAAACUGGAAUAUCUUCAUGAAACGCCUUGAUGCAUUUGAACCCUACCCGAUCAAUCCAUCGCAGUAUUUAAAUAAGCUAACAUCAGUGAAGAAUCUCGAUGAAUUAUGCGAAGCCCAUGAAGACUCGGUGAAUGGAAUUAUCAAAUGCUGCCUCGUGCAUAAUGACGAGGACGACUCGUGCACCCGCAGAUCAGUGGUUGGACUGUUGGAGUGUGUUCACAGGUUUCAGAGGGCGCUAUUUAUCCUCAGCCAGGACAAUGUUGUCUCCGCCGACGACCAGAUGUCAGCAGCGAUUAACCGAUUUCGCCUGCACGCUCAAUCAUUGCACUACGAAUUGAGGGCCCGAAUAACCAGUAAUCAAAAGGGGACGAAGGAACUCUCCCACCUUACUUACAUACUUGGCUGUUGUCAAUUUUAUGUCACUGAUUAG